AUGGCAAAAGUCUGGUCACAUCCUGGUGGUCUUGAUGUGGGAUAUGCGUCUUGUGUUACUGUCGUUUCUGGUGUUGUUUCCAAGGAUGUUGAUACUGUAUCUGGUGAUGUUUCCAAUGAUGGUGAUGCACUUUCUGUUGAUGAUUCAAUUGAUGUUGAUGCACUAUCCGUUGAUAUUUCCAUUGACGCUGAUGUUUUUUCUGUUGAUGUUUCCGUUGAUGUUGAUGCACUUUCUGUUGAUGUUUCUAAUGAUGAUGCUCUUUCCGUUGAUGUUUCCAAUGAUGUUGGUGCUCUUUCUGUUGAUGUUAUCAUUGAUGUUGAUGCACUUUCUGUUGUUUCCAAUGAUGAUGCUCUCUCUGUUGAUGUUUCCGUUGAUGUUGAUGCACUUUCUGUUGAUGUUUCCGUUGAUGUUGAUGCACUUUCUGUUGAUGUUUCUAAUGAUGAUGCUCUUUCCGUUGAUGUUUCCAAUGAUGUUGAUGCUCUUUCUGUUGAUGUUUCAAAUGAUGAUAUUUCUGCUGAUGUUUGUGAUGUUGAUGCUAAUUCUGUUGAUGUUUCCAUUGAUGUUGAUGCUCUUUCUGUUUCUUUUGAUGUUGAUGUUAUUUCUGUUGAUUUUUCCAAUGAUGUGAACGCUAAUUCUGUUGAUGUUUCCAAUGAUGCUGAUGUUUUUUCUGUUGAUGUUCCAAAUGAUAUUAUUUCUGUUGAUGUUUCUAUUGAUAUCGAUGCUCUUUCUGUUGAUGUUUCCGAUGAUGAUACUCUGUCUGUUGUUGUUGUUUCAAAUGAUGUUGAUGUUAUUCCUGUUGAUGUUAUUUCUGUUGGUGUAUCUAAUGAUGUUGAUGGUAUUUCUGAUGUUGACAUUGCUCUUUCUGUUGAUGUUUCCAAUGAUGAUGUUCUUUCUGUUGAUGUUUCCAGUGAUAAUGUUAUUUCUGUUGUUCCUGAUGAUGUUGAUGUACUUUUUGUUGAUGUUUCCAGUGAUGUAGAUGUACUUUCUGUUGAUGUUUCCAGUGAUGAUGCUAUUUCUGUUGUUCCUAGUGAUGUUGAUGCUAUUUCUGUUGUUGAAAUUGUUCUAUCUGUUGAUGUUCCCAAUAAUGUUGAUGUUCUUUCCGUUGUUCCUAAUGGUGUUGAUACUAAUUCAGCUGUUGUUUCCAAAGAGGGUGUUGUUGAAAUUGUUCUUUCUGUUGAUUCCAAUAAUGUUGAUGUUCUUUCCGUUGAUGCUUCCAGUGAUGUUGAUGCUAUUUCUGUUGUUUCCAAUUGUGUUGACGUUAUUUCUGUUGUGUUCAAUGGCGUAGAUGUCGUUAUUGCUGGCGUUAUAGCCGAUGUUGAACGAAUUGUUGAUUCUGUUGUUUUAGUUGCUUUUGGUGUAGAGGUUAUUUCUUGCCUAGUUGAAGUAACUGAUGAUGCAAUAGAUGGUUCUCGUGUUGUAGGUACUGCUGAAGUUGUUUCUUGUGCAAGUGAAGUCGUUUCUGGUGAUGUUAUUGUGGAUAAUUCUGGUGCUGAUGUUUUAUUUGUGGUUGUUAAUUCUGAGGUCGCUGUUGUCAUAUCUGUAGAGGGUGACUCCGUUCUUCCCGUUGUUGAAUAUGUCGUUGUUCCCAAUGGGAUAGAGCUCGCCUCCGGUAAUGUACUUGGUGUUAAGGGUGUUAAGGGUGUUGUAUGUGAUGUUGAACUCAUCUCCGUUGUUGCGGGUGACGCUAUAACAAAAUUAAUGCGACUCUUCCUAAAUACUGCAACCAUGUAUUUAAUAGCAUCAGUUUGA